GACUCCGGCCCUUGCACCUUUGUGCACGGACAGGGAAUUCCGAGACUCUCCGCGUGCUUCUCCGUGGCAAGGCCGAUGUAGACGCAGCCAACGAGGACGGUGACAGGGCUCUUCAUUUCGCUGCGUGCCGCAAAGACAGCGACUUUGUCUCGCUGUUGCUGGAUGCCAGGGCAGAUCCCACAGCAAAGAACUGCAUGGGCGAGACUGCCAUGGACAACGCCUGGAACGAAGAUGUACGCGGGAUUUUCGACCUGAAAUGGUCCAACGACGCUUGA